GAUGGCGCCCUUCAACAUGAGGUGCAAGACGUGUGGGGAGUACAUCUACAAGGGCAAGAAGUUCAACGCCCGCAAGGAGACGGUGCAGAACGAGUCGUACCUGGGGCUGCCCAUCUUCCGCUUCUACAUCAAGUGCACCCGCUGCCUGGCCGAGAUCACCUUCAAGACAGACCCCGAGAACACGGAUUACACCAUGGAACACGGAGCCACUCGCAACUUCCAGGCUGAGAAGCUGCUGGAGGAGGAGGAGAAGAGGCUGCAGAAGGAGAGGGAGGAGGAGGAGCUCAACAACCCCAUGAAGGUCCUGGAGAACAGAACCAAGGACUCCAAGCUGGAGAUGGAGGUUCUGGAGAACCUGCAGGAGCUGAAGGAGCUCAACCAGCGCCAGGCCAACGUGGACUUCGAGGCCAUGCUGAAGCAGUACAAGGAGUACGAGGAGGAGCAGAGGAGGAGGGAGCAGGAGGAGGAUGAGCAGGAGAUGAAGUCCAUGCUGGAGCAGGCACAGAAUCGGCGGCUCCUGGUGGAUUCCGACUCGGACGAGGAGGCAGCGAAACCGCGCCCGAAACCCACGGGCACCAAACCCACCGACAUCCUGCAGGAGGACCCUCAGCCCCAGAGCAAGAAGCUGAAGACGGAGAGCUGGGAGAGGAGCGUGGGCAAACUCAACAGCAAGGCCCAGCUGGCUGGGCUGGUGUCCCUGAGGAAGCAGAAGGCGGAUCCAGCCCUGGAAAACGGGAUGGAGAGCCGAGGCACUGGUACCUGCCCCAGGCUGGGCCCUCAGGGGGGACUCUGGCAGCUCCCAGGGGGGGUGCAGUUUGAGAGCCCCGAGCGCUCCCCCAGCCUGUCCCGGCAGCUGCCACGGCCCCCCCGGGCCCCCCCAGGCACCAGGCCGGGCUGCCCCCCCAGCCCCAGGCACGUGGACACCUCGCUGCCCCUGGAGAAGCAGGCGUGGUACCACGGCCCGAUCGGGCGGGCGGGCGCGGAGACGCUGCUGGCGCUGUGCCGCGAGGGCAGCUUCCUGGUGCGGGACUGCGAGACCAGCCCCGACGAUUACUCACUGUCCCUCCGGAGCAGCCAGGGCUUCGUGCACGUCAAGCUGACGAGGACGCGGGAGCAGCACUUCACCCUGGGCCGGGCGGGCGCCGCCUUCCCCUCGGUGCCCGCGGCCGUGCGACACUACACGGCGCGGGCCCUGCCCGUGCGUGGGGCGCGGCACCUGGCGCUGCUGUACCCCGUGGCCGUGCAGCCCCUGUGA